GCUGUUUAAAGGAAGAGGAAAAGCAAACAUUCUGUAGAAAUGGACAAUUAGAGGUCUAUACACAUAAAAUGGUUUUGAAAAAUUUGAAGUGUGUAAAAUCUACCAAGAAACAAAUAGUUCCCAUCACUUGCUCAAAGGCAGUUAAAAUCAAAUACGGUGAAUGUAGACCACAAACAUGUCGACGACCUCUAUUUUUGAUCAAAUCAGUGGUUGAUCCGGAUAAUUGUAAAUGUAAAAAACAACAAAUUAUAAAAGAAGAACGGGAAUGUUGUUGUCUUGGUAAAUCGCGAGAAAAGAAAGAAUUUUGUGUUGGAAACUGUAAAAUAGUUGUGAAUAAAGUCUCUAAAUUUGAUAAAGUUAAUGAACGUUGUGUUAAGGAGAAUUUUAUUCGUCGUAAAUGUCCCAAAUGUCCAAAACCACAUAUGCUUGAAGGUACUUGUGAUAGUACCGGUACAUGUCUCAAAACAAAUCGUCAUAUCAGUUAUACUAUCAAAAAUUGUCAAUGUCAACCUGUAGAACAUAUUCGUCAUGAACGCUGUUGUUGUCCAGCAUCAAAAAAAUUAGGCAGCAGAUGUGUUGAAGAUAAAGGAGUCAUUGAAAAUAAAAAUAUUUACUAUCAAUUAGAAAAUGGUCAAUGUAUAAAACGUGAAACUAUUGAAGAGAAACAAAUUAUAUGCCCUAAAACAAUUCAAUUAAGUCAAUCUGAAAAAAAUCAAUAUUGUGAUCCUAAUUCAUGUCAACAAAUAGUAACAACUUAUCAAUGGAAUAGAAUAGGAUGUAAAUGUAUCCAACAAAUAAUCACUAUUCCAAAAUUAUGCUGUUGUACAAAUCGUAUACCUAGAAUUAAAAAAAUUUGUUCACCAGAUGGAAGUUAUAAAUCAAUUGCACAACUUUGGAAAUUACAUAAUGGACAAUGUGUUAAGACAAAUGUCGUUAAGAAUCUAUCACCACCUGUAUGUAAACCACAAGAUGUAACACCGAUAGGUCCGUGUGAUAAAACAACUGGGAAACAACCAAUAUUAAUUACACGAUCCAUAAUUGAAGAAUGUGAAUGCAAAGUGGUGUACAGAGAGAAACGUGAUCGAAUAUGUGCCUGUCAAUCUUCAACUGUUCAUGUAAAGCCAUGUGAUCCAAAUACAUGUCUUCAACAAACAACUAUAACAAAAUGGGCAAUCGAAGAGAAAGAUAAAAAAUGUCAUCGGUUACAUCCUGACAUUAGAAUGCGUCCAUGUUGUUGUCGACGUGAAGUUAAUAAAGAUAAUUUAUUUAAAAAAUGUAUUCCUACUAAUGGACAAACAGAAAUUACAAAUCGUACAUAUUAUUUUAAUCCACAUAAAGAAUUAUGUGAAUUUAAAGAUGUAAAGACAUUUAUUAAUCUUGUUUGCCCAACUGAAAUAACUGUUGUUAAAGGUAGUUGUAAUUUAGUCACAGGAAUUGCUUUGGAUAGUAUAACAUCAUGGAAAACAUUGACAUCACAAUGCAAAUGCGUUAAAAGAACAAAUUACCAGAAACGUAUAUGCUCUUGUAAGCAUUUGGACAGAAAAGUGAAAAAUCCUGUCUGCUCUAAGCAAAAUAAUAUGCUAUUACAAAAGAAGAUAGUUCAUGAACUUCAAAAUGAAAUAUGUCAACCUAAAGUAAUUUGGAUGAAGAAAGCUGUGGUUUGUCCAAGUCAAAAAAAUGUCGAUGUAAAAUGUGAUCCCGCCACAUGUAAUCAAUUAACUACCAUAAGUUGGUUUACUAAAAUUGGAUGUAAAUGUGAGAAACAACAAAAAUAUAUUCAAGGAAAAUGUUGUUGUCCUAAACCGGUUGAAUAUCGUGAAUGCCAACGUAAAGGAAGUUUGUUAAUUAUUAAAAAAGUAACAUAUCAAUUGGAUGAAUAUAAAGGAAAAUGUGUCCGUCAAAUAGAUCAGUUACACAAGAAUGUCGUAUGUGGUGUCCAUGGUGCACGAUUUAUUAAACGUGUAUGUGAUAAACAAACUUGUUAUCUUGCUACAAUUUUGUUGAAAACUGUCCUUCAAAACUGUCAGUGUCAGAGAAUGAUGAAAAAAAUUAUUCAUCGAAAUAUACGAUGUUGUUGUCCGAAUCCAAGAUUCCAAGAAAAAUGUCAUCAAAAUUAUGGUAUUGUAUCACGAAUUAUGUAUCGUUAUGAAUUAUUCAAAAAACAAUGUAUCACUAGAAAGUUUGUUGAUGAGCACAAAGUUGUAUGCCCUGAAGAAAAAAUUAACCGAGGUCAGUGUGAUGUGAAUACAAAAAUAAGACCAGUUCAAAGACGUUUCUAUAAUUUAAUUGGUUGUAAAUGUCAAUUGAAAAUUGAAUCUACAAUGGAACCAUGCACAUGUCCAUUACCAGUAUUACAUAAGGAGAAUUGUACUGCAGGAAAGCUUUCCCGUAAAGUAUGGCGUAUUAUUUAUAUCCUUAGAAGGAAUGAUGAAUCUGGAAAAGUGGCAUGUGAACAAGAAAAGGAAUAUUUAUAUGAAGAACCUUGUCACUGCCGAAAACCUAAAUUUACAAGAAAAUGUCAAAACGGGAAUAAAAUACUCAUGAAACAUGUAGAAUAUCUUGUGGAAAGAAACGAUAAACGAUUCUGUUCUGUACGUCACUACAUAAAGAGGAUUCCAGUUAAUUGUCGAGUAAAUGCUGUACGAAUGAAAGAGGAACCUUGCCAAAAUAGUUUGAAACGUACUACUUUCAUGCAUGAGAUUCUGGAUAAGCAAACGUGUGAAUGCCGAAGUCAAGUGAAAGUUGAAUUUGAGAAAUGUGAUUGUGACAAAGAUAAUCGCAUCACCGAGUUUUGUCAAAAUGGUGUUCGAGUUGUGAAUAAAGAAAUUAACGUCUUCAGUCAAUCACAAGGACGUUGCGUGAAAUCGACUGUACGUAGCGUACGUCCUGUAGUAUGUUCUACCAAGCAUCAAGUUAUUAAAUCCAGUGGAUGUGUUAUUGAACGUUCAGAUGGAAUUUAUUACUCUGAAGAAAUACGUUGGGAACAAGUAGUUAAUUGUAAAUGUGCCAUUAAGCGUCGUCAGAUAUUACGUUUAUGUGCAUGUCCCAAACCAACAAUUAAAACACAGUGUUUAGAUACAGUAAAUUUAGCAACUUAUAAAAAUACAUUCAUAAAUAUUGGAGGUCAAUGUAUACCAGAUCAACAAGUAAUCACUACUGAAACACGUUGUCAAGAGAAAGCUCAAAUAAUUGGUAGAUCAACAUGUGAAAAACAAACGUUAAAUAAAUUUGAUUUAAGUAAACCUCCUUGUUUAGAAACAUUGAAAAUAAGUGUACCAACCAUAGUGAAUUGUCAGUGUCAGUUGAAAAUCAUACAAAUUCAACGUCGAUGUUGUACAAGUCAGCCCAAAGUGAAACAGAUAUGUGAUCCAUUUAAAGGUCGAUGGAUAAAAGCAGUUGAAAAUUAUGUACUCGCUUCUGGAUCAAUAUUAUUUAAAAGAGAUGAUUUAAUUAUUUAUGAUCAAAUUCAAAAGGUGACUAGUGAGCAACAAGAUCAAACUGUUGUUUGUCCACAAUCUGUAAGUUAUGAAAACUGUGAUAGGACAACCGGUUUAUUAACCAGAGUCAAAACGUACUAUAAACGGAUUGGAUGUAAAUGUAAACCAAUUAAAGAAAUUAUAAGAGGAAAAUGUGUUUCAAAUGAAAUUUGUUGUUGCCCUAAACCAAUAACAAAUCAAUCUAUUUGUGAUCCGAAUACAAAUGCAAUUAUACAUAAACAAAUUCAUUAUUCACUUAUAAUACCAACCUAUAAUACAAAAGCAUUUAAAUCAUAUUGUCAAUCAAAAUUAUCACAAAUUUCUGUACAAGUAAAAUGUGGUAAAAAAUUACAAAGAAUUCGUAUUAAACCAUGUGAUGGUGAAUUUCAUAUUGUUAGUAUAUUAAAACCAAUCGUUGAAAAUUGUAUUUGUAAACAGAAAUUAAUACAUAAACAAAAAAUAAGAUGUGGUUGUCCAACUGCUGUGCGUCAUAUUCCUGGAAAAUGUAUAAGUCAAUGGGCUAUACAUAAAUGGAUAGGAUUAAAUGCUGUACCAACUGGUGUUAAUAAUACUUUUCAUAUUACAGAGAAAUCAUGUAAACCAGUAGUAAUCGAAGAAAGACGUAUUCGUUGUGCAUGUCCACCUAUGCAAGUGUUCAAAAAAUGUUUGAACCACAGUUUACUGGUUAUUCAUCGUAUACACUAUAAAAUGAAUAAGGAACUAAAUAAUUGUGAAAGGUAUAAUACAAAGGAAUUUAAAAAACUGGCUUGUCCUAAUACACAAGUAACACAAACUCCAUGUGGUAACAAAUUUGAAAAUUAUGAACAAAUUGAAAUAAUAAAACAUUGGCAAACAAAUCAAUGUAAUUGUUUAAUGAAAGUAAUUAAAAAUAAAUGGAUUUGUAAUUGUCAUGCACGUUAUCCAAAUCAAGUUAUAACAAAAUGUUUACCAAAUGGAUAUCAACGUCUUACAAUAACAAAAAUAUGGUUUAAUCAUGGUAGACAAUGUUUGAAUAGAACAGAAAAACAGAUAGAAAGCAUAGCUUGUCCAAAGAAUUUACGGAUUAUCAAGGGGGAAUGUAGUAGUACCGGGAACUUACAAUUGAUUUACCUUCUACAACGACCUCAACAUUGUCAAUGUGUCUGGCAGAAACUUACUGACUCGGAACGACAAGCUUUAGGACUCAGAUCAACUGAAGCAUGUAAAUGCCGUCCUAGCUUUAUAGUUAAACAAUGUCAUGAAGCUAACAAUAACCGAACGGCUUAUUUAGUUAAAAUACAUACUAAAUAUAUUCUACAACAAGGUGAAUGUCAUAUUGAUCGUAAAUUUGAGAAGAAUCCUGUUGUUUGUCAAGUAGGUAGUCAAUUACACAGGUCCCAGUGUAAUCCAGUCAGUAAUGAGCUGAUUGAGACCAGGAUUACAACACAUCUACGUGGUUGUCAAUGCCAGCAGGAAAUAGCUAAACGUCGCUGUCAGUGUAGUUGUCCAAAACCAAAAACUAACGCAGUCUGUCAAAGUCGCGAUGGUCUACUACGCAAGAUAAAGAUUAUAUAUGCAUAUAAAGAUGAUCAGUGUACUUGUGAAGCAAAGUAUUAUGUUCAGUCUUCCCGUAUUCGUUGUCAUGAACCUCCGAAAUUAAUAAAAAUUGGUAAAUGCCAUAAAUUGUCUCAAAAUGAAUCUAUUUACGUACACAAGAAUGACCUAUAUAGAAAUCUAGUUUGGAAUAAAUUACAUCGCGUAGGAUGUCAAUGCAAACACCAACGAUUUAUGGAACAAUUUCCAUGUUAUUGUUCACCUGAUAUAAAAUAUGAAACUCAAUGUAUCAAGGACAGAAUAUUGGAAAUUCGAAAAACUGAACGAAAAAUAAGCGAAGAUAAAAAGCAAUGUAUACGAAUUGUCAUAUCUAAAGUUCGUAAUCCUAUACAUCUUGGAAAACCUGAAUAUAACAGAAAGUGUAAUCCUAAAACUGGUAUGGAAACAGUAGUGCAAAAACUACCAUAUAUUGAAAAUUGUAGACGACAGUAUCGUGUUAAUGUAAUUCAUCGUAAAUGCAAAUGUAAUACUAAACCUCGUUUAAUUCGACAAUCUCAGUGUUCACCAGAAUGUAAAGUACGAUAUACAUGGCUUAUGGAGAAGAUAACACCAGAAGGUCAUUGUAAAUUUUAUUAUCGUGUUCAAGAUAAAUCAUGUUGUUGCCCAACUGAAAUUAAUUUAGGCACAUUUUGUAAUCGUUCCAUUGGAUUAUUGGAAACUGGCUAUCGCAACUUUACAUUAAUCAAUGGAAAAUGCUUAUCCAAAGACAGAUUUAUUGGAAAACGAAUCGUUUGUAAAAAGAACGAAAAAAUAGUGAAAUAUCAACAACCAAAUGGUUGGAUACGAAUUGAGAAACAAGUUAAUAUACGUGAUGGAUGUAAUUGUGUUCGGAAACUCAUUGUUGAUUAUGAUAAAUGGAAUUGUCCUCCGCCAAUUACCCAGCGUCGGUGUGUUCAAGCCAACAGUGAACAAUUCGUUCUUGAGACUAUUUCGACUAAAUGGAAAUUAUCGGAAAGUAAACCAACAUGCUCGCGUUUAGACACAAUUAUUGAUCGAGUUCCAAUUGACUGUUCUGAAGAAUAUGUAAAUAAGUCAACUAAGUGUGUGAUGAGUGCUGGUCGACAUGCUUUAGUUCGUAUUGAUCAAGUGACUACAUUUCAUGCUGAUGGUUGUCGAUGUAUUGAGAAUAGUGUACGUCGGGUAUUUACAGUUUGUAAAUGUACACGUCCACAUAGAGAAAAGUCCUGUCUUUAUUCAGAAGGUGUUUUAAUUCAUCAAAAUGUUUAUUAUGAAGUUUCUGGAGAUAAAUCACGUUGUUUACCACGUAGAUCACGUCGUGUAAUUAAAAUAACUUGCUCACCAGUUGGCCCACAAUAUAAAGGCAGAACACAAUGUGAUGCUGAAACUGGGAACUUUUUCCAUAUAUAUGAAGAAUUCAAACGUGUUGGUUGUCGUUGCUUGAAGAAAGAACUACGUAUUCCUGGCAGAUGUAGAUGUCCUGAACAACGAUCAGAAAUGAGAUGUUCAAUGCAAAAUGUUCAACAACUCAACACAACAACGUAUGAAUUAAAUCCAAAAGGAACAUGUACAAAGUCAUACAAGCUUCAAUAUAAGUAUAUUAAAUGUCCAUUAUCUGAUGAUCUUCUUCAAGAGUCAACUGAUUAUAAGGUUCAACAAAGCCAAUCACUAAUAAAACAUAUAUACAAGUGCGGUUCGGCUGGGAAAUGUAUGCGUAUUAUACAAGAAUACAAAACUUACACAAAUUACAAAUGUAAAUGUAUCACUGAAAGAAAACAAUACAGAGAGGCAUGUUGUUGUCCAACGGAACCAGAUAUGAUUCAAUUUAAUUUACCAAACAAUUCUUCUCAAUCUGUAACUGUCAAUACACUAUGUGAUCCGGAUAAAGGGUUAAUACUGAACAAUACAAUUAGAUGGAAUCUUGAACAUGGUAGAUGUUGGCCAGUUAUACACAGAACAAUUCUUCCAGUCGUUUGUGAUAAGAAAGAAUUUUUCAAACCUAUCACAGUUUGUCGUCAAGGUCAGCAGAAAAACUUACAUCAACGCGAAAUACGAGAAGGAUGCAAAUGUAAAUUAAGCAAGCGUAUUGUUACAAAACCAUGUACUUGUGAUCCACUUGGUAUUGCGGAUGUCAUCUUUCUUGUAGAUGAAACAGUAAAGAGUAGACAGAUGAAUUACUCAUAUUAUGUUAAUAAAAUACUAAAAUAUACCGUGAAUGUAUUUUACGAAUCAUCUCAAUCAUCAAAUAUAGAUGAACAAUUUCGUUUUGGUGUAAUUAAAUAUUCAUUAAGAGCAAAUAUUGUUUCUAACUUAAAAAGUUAUCCAGGUUUAUAUGAACUAUAUGCUGAAAUAAAGAAACUGACAUUUAAUGGACGUCAGUCAGAUCUGAGAGUUGCGUUAAAUACUGUUAAAAAUAAGAUCUUAUCUCAAAUACGACCUGGAGCAUCAUUAAUCUUAUAUUUAAUCACUGAUGCCGUCGUGAAUCAACCUACAGGUGUUAAACAGUUGUCUGAUUAUUUAAAAUUACAUAAUGUUCAAAUAAAUGCAAUAUUAUUAAUGUCAGGGCAUAUUUAUCAUGAAACGUUGUUUAAACAACUAGUAUCUCCACCGACUGCACUUCAUUUAGUAAGAUUGAAAGCAAUGAAUGGUCAAUUUGAAAGUCGUUUAAGUCGAAUAGCCGAUACAAUUUGCAAGAAAGUGUGUCCAGUAAACCAUAAAAAGGAAAGUCAAUGUUCACGUCAAACAAAUUGCAUUGGACGCGUUUACAACUACAUGUAUCGCUACAAUCCAGUUAAAGGUUUGUGUAUUGGAAAGACAAUAGUCGAACGCAAACAGUGCUGUUGUAUGCAAGAAGUUCGACGUAAGACUACAUGUGAAAAUAACCAUUUGAUUCAGUAUACAGAAAAUUGGCAGUUAACUACAAAUGGCUUUUGUGAACAAUAUGUAACUAGGAGAGAUGUCACUGGAUUAACCAUUAGUCAAUGUACACCAGCAAAUCAAACUUUCAUCAAAACGUGUAAUAUAAGAGGUGAAGCAGUUCAAGUUACAAUUUAUCGCUAUAUGGAAAAUUGUAAAUGCAAGACUAAGCAAACUGAUAAAAUUGUUCGGUGUCGAUGUACUAAAAAGCAUAACACUAAAACUUGUUUCGGUGAUGAUCUCAUAGUUUAUCAUUAUCAUUUUGAAAGACUUCUUGAAGGUGAAUGUUUACCACAACGAAGAGAUGUACACAAAAAGUUGGCUUGCAAACGUCCAGAAAUAUCCAAAUCACCUUGUGAUUCUUUAACAUGUCAGGAGCGUAUAACAAUAGUUAAUUAUGUUGCUCAAAGAUGUAUAUGUAAACGUUUUGUAACGGUCAAACAUCAAACAUGUUGCUGUAAGGGAAAUCGUACAUCAAAUUAUGUUGGUUGUAAACACAACGAUGUGAAAGUCUUCGAAGAGAAAGUAUUUGAUCCUAAAGUUCGUGAUGGUUCUUGUGUUCAACGAGUUUCUUAUUAUUUUCAACCAAUAACUUGUCCAAAUAAACCAUCAAUAACUUAUCAUAGUUGUCGACGCUUUAAUGUUGAAGAUUCUGUAAAACAAGGAAAUUAUGCAAAUGAUCGGGUUGAUCCUGGUUUAAUCUACAGACUAGUUGAAAAAGUUACAUGGAAAAUCCAAGAUUGUGAUUGUCGUCGGUAUUAUGAAUCAUAUUUUGAAGCAUGUGGUUGUGAUGAAUCUGUUAUCAUUAAUAAUUUUGUAACAACCAAGAAUAGAUGUGAUCAACAAACUGGAGCAAUAAUGAAUUACAAACAAAAAGUGAGAUUAGAAAUUGUUGGAAUUCCAUAUGAAUAUACCAAAUUAAAUCGACUGAAUAAAUUAUCUGAUGCCAAAUGUCGUCCAUAUUAUGUAAUAGAAUCUGUGAGGAAAAUAAUCUGUCCUGAAACCCAAACUUCUAUUGGUCCAUGUGAACCUGCUGAAAAUGGUCGAUCAUACAGAGCCAUCAAAGUGAAUAGAUGGAAACAAUCCAACUGUGUCUGUCAAAAUUUACCACCAAUAUUAAUAGAAAAACAAAUAUGCAGCUGUCUUCCUGUUCGAUUACAAAAGAAAUGUGUUGGUUAUAAAAAUAAACUACAAAUUUAUGUUAUUAAAGAAAAACUUAUCAAAACUAAAUUAUCGUCUGGUAAAUAUAAAUAUGAAUGUAAAAUAGAACAAACAAUGAAAGAAAAUAUUAUCCAAUGUCCAAAAAAUAUUCUUCACUAUUCCGAAUGCAAAAAUGGUAAAAUGAAAGUGAUGGUUAAAGUUUACAAAGUUCAUAAUUGUAAAUGUCAAGAGUCUAUACGACGUUUACAAGUACAAUGUAAUAAACGAGAAAAAUCGAAAAAUAUCAAACAAGUUGAACCUAAAUCACCGAAACAUAUCUUAACUACUGUAGAACAAAUUAUAGAAUGUAUUGAUUUACUUCCUUCUGAAAACUGUCAACAAAUUAGUCGAUCAUCACAACGUAUCUGUGAGAAAUCUACUCGAUUAUCUGAUUUACUAUGUCGUCGAACAUGUCGUCGUUGCUUAGGUUGUGAAUUGAGCAAUAUCAGAUAUCAAAUGAUCAGUGCAAAUUACCCAUGUCCUGAAAAUGAUCAACAUAUUUUGAACAAUUUUCUAAUUAAAAAUAUAUCAACAGCAUUUACAUUAGCUUCAUGUAAAUUAGCUUGCGCUAAUAAAGCUAACUGCUUAAGUUUCAUUUAUUCUAUGUCACAUGAGUUUGAUUCAAAUAUAAUUGAUAAAACUGCCAAAUGUAUGUUGUACAGAGUAGAUCUUUUAGCUAUCAAGCAACACCAUCAUGAACAAAAACAUCAAAAACAUUUGACUGGUAUUAUUCUACAACAAACUAAUCAGCGAUUCGAUUCAGUCUUUUCGCCUAUGUAUACUAAACAGUGUUUUGCAUUCCGUAAAAUUUGCAAACACACUUGUUCAAGCCCAAAAUUGACAGAAAUUUCAAAAUGUGAAUGUAAAGUUUACAAAAACCAUUAUGACUAUCCUUCAGAGUCACCGAAGUUUAAAACUUCUUUACACUGCUCUAAACGUAUUAAUGUUCAAUAUUUCAUUCAAUCGAAAUCGGGUAUUUGUCAAGAACAAAAUUGGCAAGGCUAUACUCCCUGUAGUAAUCCAAGAUAUCGUGAUUUAUCAUUAAGGAAUUCAAAUAACUGUAAUAAUCUAAAAUCAUCUUUAUGGUGUGAAGCGGAGCUAGCGAAUGAUCAAAGGAGGUGCAAAGAUGCAGUGUUCAGCAGGUUAUGCUCUAAAACAUGUGGCUUUUGUACCUGUUAUGGUAUAAAUAUAUUCAACGGAAAAUGUAAUUCAAAUGGAUAUAAAUUAAAUACUUAUAUAAUUUAUAAGCCUCAUCCAAUUAGUCGUAUAUGUAUUAUUGAAGUGAAAAAGCGUUUGUCAAUUUGUGAAUACUGUCCGAUUGGAACAUUUGAGCAUGUACAUGAAUGUGAUAAACUAACUAAAUCACGCACAGUUAACAAAAUUACUGCUAAGCUAAUUAAAAUUUCACCAAAUAUUGACGGAAAACCACGAUUCGAAUGUUCGAUUCAAACAAAAAACUUUAAAUUUGAUUGUGGCAAAUGCUUAGCUGCAUACAGAAACAAAUAUUCAAUAACUUCUUGUAAACAAUACCCAAUGAAAUCAGCACAAAUGAAAUCGGUUUAUCAGCUUAAUUUGAUUACAGAAUAUGUGAUCAGUGAGAAUGGUUGUUGCAGAACAAAACGAACUGAAAGAAGAUUUAAUUGUGAAAAUUGUCCAUUACCUCGAAUUAAACAUAGUCCAUGUUACAAUAACCAAAGAUUAAAACAUAUUAUAUUCUAUACUCGACCAUGGGUUACUUCAUCUUUAAAACCAAAUGAAUGUAUUCAACGAACAAUAACUAAACGUGAGAAAUGUUCGGUAGAUCAUCGAUUACCUAAAGAUGAAUGCCGGGAUUCAUUAACACGAAUGGAUUGUAGUGUAUUAAAGCAAAGUAGAAAAUGCCAUCUGAAUUCAGAGGAAGCUCGUAGUCUGUGUGCCAAAACAUGCGGCUUCUGUAAUUGAGCAAUAAGACAAUAAUAGUACAUUCAUUCAACUAGUAAAUAAAUACACAGAUUAAAUUGUAUUUCAAAUGGUUUUUUAAUUUUCAUUUCUGUGAAAGUAUACUUCCUAAAAUAAUGC